CCCAGGCGCCCGCGCGCCCGCCUCGCCCCGACCACGUGACCUCGCGGCCCGCAUCGCGACCGCGACGGCGACGGCGAGACGGACUCGGAGCGAGGAGUCCCGAGCGAGCGGCAGCGGUCCCGGCGCCCGUCCGGCGCGCUCACCUCGAAGAUGCAUUUCAUCUUCUCCGAUAAGGUGGUGCUUCUGUUUGAUUUCUGGAGUGUCCACAGUCCUGCAGGCAUGGCCCUUUCGGUGCUGGUGGUCCUGCUCCUGGCCGUGUUGUAUGAAAGCAUCAAGGUCGGCAAAGCUAAGCUGCUCUACCAGGCUGCAGUGAGCAUGUCCAUCCCCACCAUCCAGCUCACUGAGGAGACAGACCAGGAUUCUUUGGGCUCAGACUCAGCCCCGGUCAGCAGAACCCACCUCAGGUGGUUUUUCUUUCACUUUGGCCAGUCUCUAAUCCAUGUCAUUCAGGUGGUCAUAGGCUACUUCAUGAUGCUGGCUGUCAUGUCGUACAACACGUGGAUCUUCUUCGGCGUGAUCGUCGGCUCUGCUGUGGGCUACUACCUAGCCUACCCGCUUCUCAGCACGGUUUAGCUGGUGAAGGCUAGGCAGGCACUGGGGGCUGGAGAGAGCUGGGGCCCCCUCUUGCAGACACUGAACUUCCAGCCCCAUGUCUCGUUUCUUCUGAUGGCUGUUCCUCACCUCGCUCCCAGCUCCUGGAGAUGUUCUGCUGAAGCCAGCGCUUUGCUGCCCGGAGUUCAGAGGCCCCUGCAGCUACCUCUGUCCUCAGCCAGCCUGCACAGUGCCUGGGCAGAGGUGUUUUGUGUCUUAGUGAGGCUGCUGUGACCCAAGGGGGACUGGAGAAACCAGAACCUGCAGACAGGGUUGCUGAGCCCCUGAUAACUUAUCUCUGUGACUCAAGAUUAAGAAUUUCCAAAGAUCUUCAUGCCAGGGAGAUGGGUUCUGGGUGACGAAGGGCAUGGAAGCUGCAUCCCUUCUGCCCUCGUGAUUUGUGCCUUACACAGAGGAGCACCUUCCACUGGACUUCCUGACCUCCUCUGUCUUUGAGGGACGGAGACCAAGCUGGCUCCUUUUCCUCACAUUUCUGCCUUUGAGACACAUAAAGAUGGUCUGUUCUGUGGAUCACGGUGACAAAGUAAGAGUUUUCAUUUUUCCCACUGAACCCCUGGUUCGCAAUUUUGCACAUGAAUACAACAUUUUUUUAGCGAAAUGACUUCCUCGGGUUCCUGAUGGAUAGCUGUGUCUGCUGGGAACUGUCUCUUUCUUGUGGGGCGUAACAACAGAUUCAAGGCCGAGAAGCAGGACUGUUCUCCAGGCUCCUGACCUAUGCUCUGGAUGGUGAGCUGCUCUCAUCAGACAGCAAUGCCUGUGGGAGGAAGGCAGUCUAAUGGCUUGAAGUGCUUGGGGUGCUCUUCAGAACCCCAGUGCUCCCUUUUAUCCUGCUCCUUUUAUGCAGAACAGAGAACUGCACUGACUAUUCAGUACUUCAUUUUCUCUAGUUCUUACUUACUGCUCACGCAUCUCACCUGGUGGGAAAACACCGUUCAUUCACUGGAAAUACUGGGUAAGCCACGGGGAGUGUUGACUCAGGAGGCAGUAAGCAGUCAAACCAAAGCAUUACACGUAGAGUUAGAUGGGACUCUCCAGAUAGUUCACUUGACAGAGAAGCAAACGAGAGACCCAGGGAGGGAGCAUCACGGCUGGAUACUGGAAUGUCUCUGCUCAAGUACCUCACGGGCUAGAGGAAGGACAGUCUUAAGCUUUGGGAAUUAAAAAAGAAAUAGACGUUUUAAUAAAUACUAUUUUUAAACAAUC